UCCACCCGGAGGGGUGGAAAUUCGUUACCGGAGUUUUUUUUCGGACCGUCAGGGCACGGUCUCGCGACUUCCCGUCGUCUAGCAUAGCUUCCCAGAGAUCUCGCAAGGCAGCCGCUGCUGCGCCCUUUUCGCACCCUCCCUUCCCUUCCUCCUGCAGUGGUCUUGCAUACGGCUUCCCCUUCACUGUCGGCUACGCCUGGUUCUGCUCCCUUUCCGUCGUCAUCCUCGUUCCUGCCAAGAUCUGGACGGUGGGCCUUCCUCUCGACUCAAGGCUGACUCACGCCUCUCUCCCUCGAUUCUCACCGCGGGCGCCGGCGCCCCUCAGGGACUUUCCUGUAUGUGUAUAUAUGCAAGUGUCUGUGUCUGUGUACAUGCCUGUACACAUUGCAGCAACUGCAUCAAAGGUGAAGCAUUUCAUUUUGGUCUCUUCCCUUGGCACAAACAAAGUUGGGUUUCCUGCUGCUAUUCUAAAGUAAGUCUUUGUUGGAAGGCAGAAGAAGCCUUGAUUGCCAGCGGAAUUCCUUACACUGUGAGUCCGAAUCCUGAUUCCGGUCGCAACGAAAAGCAAGAAGAGAAGUUGGUAGAGAACCGGCCGCCAGGGAAUCGGUUAUUCUGUUCCCUUUGAUCGCUCGGAAAAAUGAACUGCUAUGCACCUCUUGUCGAGAAACGCAUUCGAAUCUCUCCUGCCCGUCUAACCGUGUUCUUGGAAAUUUGAACAGCUAUUUCUUUGGUGGAUUCCCCGUAUUAUGAUUGCCGCUCAUAGAACUCAAAAUGCUAGAGUCAUUAAGGCUUCUAUCUCUCGUCAUUAUGAGCUUCAAAGACGGCAUUUUGAUUGUACCCAUCAAGUUUCGACCACCAAAUUUAGGACCCAACAAUUCGGCAACGAUGAAAUCAGCAGAUUGUGCAAGCAAGGCAAGUAUCACGAGGCAUUUGGAGCAUUUGAGUCCCUAACGAAGACUGAUUUCAAGGUUAACGCCGGAACGUAUGCCCGCUUAAUUCAAGCUAGCUCGAAUUUGAAGUCGUUGGAACAUGGCAAGCAAGUUCACGAUCACUUGGUAAAGUAUGGAGAUCCACCAGAUACAAUACUGUGGAACCACAUUCUCAACAUGUAUGGGAAAUGUGGGAGUUUAGGAAAUGCUCGCCGAGUGUUCGAUGAAAUGCCGGUUAGAAACUUCGUUUCAUGGACUGCCAUCAUUGCUGGAUAUUCACAGCAUGGUGAUGGAAAGGAAGCUGUUCGACUUUAUCGGCGUAUGAGGCAGGGGGGUCUCACCCCUGAUAAGUUUGUAUUGGCUAAUAUAGCGAGGGCAUGUUCGAUUCUGCAAGAUGUGGAAUUGGGCAGACAAAUGCAUGGUCAUGUGGUCAAAAGUGAAGAUGGAUUGGAGCCGCUUGUUCAGAACGCAUUGGUUUCAAUGUAUACUAAAUGCAACGUGGUUGAAGACGCAGAGAUCGUGUUUGAUCGAAUUGGUGAUAAAAACAUGGUCUCCUGGACUUCCAUGAUAGCAGGGUUGUCGCAGAACAAUUUUGUGUUUGAGGCUCUCUGGGUAUUCAAGGAAAUGUUGACAGCAGAUAAGAGUGUCAACGAGUUGACUUUUGGCAGCGUCUUGAAGGCCUGUAGCAGUUCCAUUCUUUUAGAGCAGGGGAAACAAAUACAUGGUUUAAGUAUGAAACAUGGAUUUUCUCGUGAUGUCUUUGUUGGUUGUUCCCUCAUUGACAUGUAUGCAAAAUGUGGAGAUCUGGCCUCAGCUCGGCAGUCGUUUUACAUGAUACAGGAUCCAGACGUAGCAUCAUGGAAUGCAAUCAUAGGUGCUCAUGCUUGCAGUCAGUAUGUUGAUGGGGCCUUGCAUGUAUUUGCUCUAAUGCAAAAUUAUGGCACGGUACCAGAUUCGGUGACUAUUCUUUGCUUGCUUAGUGCAUGUAGAAGUUUUCCUUCUUUAAUUGUUGGCCAAUCAAUUCACUCGUACAUUAUUAAAUCAGGUUUUGAUAUAAAUGUUGCUGUGUGCAAUGCGCUUUUGACCAUGUAUGGCACUUAUAACCUUUCUGAUGCAUUAAGUGUCUUUCAUGUUAUGGAUAAGCAAGAUCCGGUCUCUUGGAAUGCAAUCAUGGCAGCAUGCAUUCAGCAUAACGAGGUAGAUGAUGUCUGCAGGUUGUUUAGGUUGAUGCACCGGUCUGAUAUGAAGCCCGACAGUGUCACACUGAUCAGCUGUCUUAGUUCUGCAUCGAAGGUAGCUGCCUUAGAAUUGGGGAUUCAAGUUCAUGACUAUGCAAAUAAACUUGGCUUUGAUCUUGAACUAUCUGUAGCAAAUGGACUCAUUGACAUGUACGCUAAAUGUGGAGCUCUUGAAUCUGCCAAGAGCUUUUUCUCAUGGAUGUCUAAACCGGAUGUGGCUUCUUGGAGUAGUUUGAUAGUUGGAUAUGCACAGUUUGGAAGUGCAGAGAAAGCUCUAAGUCUCUUUGACGAGAUGGUUCGUUUAGGUUUUAAGCCAAACAGUAUAACGUUUGUAGGAGUACUUUCUGCUUGUAGCCGAGUAGGCCUAGUUGAUGAGGGUUACAAUCACUACAGAACUAUGACAAUGAACUACGGGAUUACACCAACCAGGUCACAUUGUUCAUGCAUGGUUGACCUGCUAGGGCGUGCUGGCCGCUUAAAUGAAGCCUGUGGCUUUAUCAACCAGAUGCUUUAUGAACCUGAUGUAGUUGUCUGGAAAUCUUUGCUUUCUGCCUGUAGAAUACAUGGGGACUUGGCUCUGGGAGAAAAAGCAGCAAAGAAAGUUCUUCAAUUGGAUCCCACUAAUUCUUCAGCUUUUGUUUUGCUUUCAAAUAUUUAUGCUGCAUCUUCGCUUUGGGAUGAUGUUGCCAAACUUCGGCAAAUAAUGAGGCAAAGGGGUGUAAAGAAAGAUCCAGGCAAGAGUUGGGUCAAAACUAACGGCAAAUUGCAUGUGUUUGUAUCUGAAGAUAGGACUCAUCUGCAAAUGGAGGAUAUAUAUGCAGUUUUGGGUGACCUCUACAUUCAGAUGGAUGAUGUCCAUAGAACUGAAUCAACCAUUAGAGAGAUGAUUCCUGGCGGUGUGACCUGCAUAUGUUAGAAAUAAAAAAGUUCAGUUGCUUUUCUAAUAGCAAUUAUUUAUUAAAUAUAUGGACAGCACACAAUUUUGAUGAUCUGAUCAUCACUAAUAAAGAUGCAAACAAAGCCAACUGGGCCGAUGAUGCAUUGCUGCCUAAAACAAAUGUCUACUCGAAAGAUUCACAUAGGAAUGGUGAGGGUCCAACACGAAAGCCCUUCAACAUUUCCUGUAGAAAAUGGAUGGAAAAGUUCCAUUUUGAAGAUUGAUGAAAGAUCACCAACUUCUUCUGUAGCUGCUAAGGGAUGAUAAUUCAUUUAUGGAAUAAAAACUGUGUUUUAUAGCUUUAUUGGAAAUUUGAUAUCUUGUUUGUCAUCCACAGAGUUUUCUACUACAGGUGUUUCAAUCUCUGCAGUGGGCAGUAAAUAAUUCUUAGAUGGACUAUUACCUUGAAGGAUCUGCAUAUCAAAGACAUGUUUCUGCUAGGCCUCUAUGGACUUUAAUAGGAGGAUGGCUAAUUGAGCAAUGGCGCAUGCCAUUUGCACCAGCCGCAACAAUUACGUGGUGGAUGAGACGUUCCUCAUAGCCUUCAACAUGAUAUCACAUAUAAAAGGCGUGCUUCUAUCCUUAAUAAUAUUAGUGUUAAGGUCCAUGCCAGUCACAAAGCCUAUAGUCAGAGGCAUACGACACUGACCUCGUAGAUCAUGUGGGGCUUCAAGCAUUUAAAUCUGGUCGGCGAUGGCAGUGCCUAGCAACACAGUUUAUGAUUGCUGGAGGCAUGAAUUGGAACCUAGAUCUGCAUAACGAUCUUUCUCGAUGGCGUUUUGGAUGAGUUGUUUUCUAGUUUCCCAUCCAUAAUCAUCUAAGAACUUUCCAUGUGGUAGGGAAUCUGUUAAAUCAGCAGCAAAAGGAUGAUUUAUCUUAAGAAAUAAUCUCAGAUGCAGCUUUAAUUCUCAAAACAGCAGCUGGCUGCCCAGGGAAGUACUAAAAUGCUUGAAGCAACCGGGCACCAAACAAGAGAUUGGAAGUGUGGGGUGGAUCGAGGAACGAGCUUUGAUCCCAUCAUGAGGAGUUAAAUUUGUUUUCUGACAAAUAUGGGCGAUCGAAAAAGUUCUACCCUUUGGGUUAGCACCACUUCACCAGCUACCAUUACCUGCGGUUUCGUGUCCCUCCAUGUGGUCAACACUGGGUAUUUCCAUGGAAAGUUUCAAUGGAAACAUGAAAACAGGACCGACUUAGUUGUAUUUACUCUUCAAGGAGUGAAAAGGGAGGAGAUUCUUGGAUGGGGAAGAUUAAAGAAAUUGCAAAGGCUUGGUUCCAUCAAGCUACUCAGCAGAGUAAGAACCAUAGCACAGGUAAUGCCAGUUGAAAGACUAAUGCCAUGAGAGAAUUGGUUGAUUGCAUGUGAGUUCGAAUAAGAACCAAGAACAAAAAAAAAAGGGUCAGCUUAUCUCCGAUCUGUGGCCCACUUAAUGGCUCCCUCUCUCUCUCUUUCUCUCUUUUUAUUUGCAUUAGGAAAACUUUCCUGUAUAACAGAACAGGGAAAUUUUUCUGUAUACCAGAAAAGUGAAAACAUAGUUAUGGCGACGAGGCUGAAGUUCGCUUAUUGUUUCA